AUGGUCAAACCAUUGGCCAUGCACUCUGCAUAUACAUUAGCCGUACAUCAGCCACAUAAUCCGUAUGUUUGCCCUCCUCUGCUUUGUGCGCACUCGCCGGCCUCGCGCCCGUGCUGCCUCGGCCGCGUCCCGCCAGCUCUGCCUGCUGCCACGCGCGGCUGCUCCCCGAGCACCUCCCGCGACCGAGUCCUCCCGCCGCGUCGUGCCAACCCCGCCUCGCCGCUGGACUCGCGCACGACCGCCUUCACCUCAGCCCGCUGCUGCUGCGCGUCAUCCAGCGCCCCCCGCGGUGCUUCGUCCUCUACGCCGGCCGCCAGCUCGCCCCGGCUUCAGCGCCCGGCCGGCUCCGGCCGUCCUCGCGUCCGUCUACGGCCGGCCUCGCGCGCCCAUGUCUUCCUCCGCCAGGCCGGCCUCGGCCGCGUCCGGCCUCGCGCGCCUCGCCUCUCCUCCGCUCAUGCCGGCGGCUGCGCCCCCGUGCGCACCGGCUCAGCGCCUCCGCGACCGCCGGCCCGCUGCCGGCUGCUCCUCGUGCCCGGUUGCCGCCUUCCCGCAGCCGGCUUCCUGCAACUCCGCCAUCGCCCCGCGCUCGGUCUCCGCACCCGGUGGCUGGGCGGGCCGCCUCGUGCCGCCCCGGCCGCCUGCUUCGCCACUACUCCGGGCCGACUCGGCACCCGCGCUGCCCCUGGCCGGCUGCCGGCUGGCCGCUCCUCCGGUCCGCCCCGCCAGCCGGCCGGGUCGCCGCUGCCGCCUUUGCGCGCCGGCUCCGCCGGCUCCGCCGGCUCCGCCUUGCCGCGCUGGCCGGGUCGCCGCUGCCGCCUCCCACGCGCCGGCUCCGCCUGA